ACCGCCAAAAUAUUCGCUCCGGCAGAAUAUUUCCUUGGGAUUCGCAGCAGCAAGUCUUUUUGCUGCAGCAUCUGUUUUUCUGUCUUGUUUCAUUGAUUGUUUAUUGUCUCUUUGUGAGGGUUUGCUUAUGGUUUGAUUGAUCAUGCCCCUGAAACGCAAGGCUGCCUCUGGGGGCUUGCCUGCACCGAAAAGGUCUCAGCAACGGGCACCGGACGACUCUGACCCUAUCUAUGCGGAACCUAUGUCUGAUGCGGAGUACACAUCCUCUGAUGAGUAUAGUGCGGCCAGUGAUUCUCUACAUGAGACCCCGGCGACUCCGAUCUCAGUGUCAAGAUAUCCAUCAGAGCUGAAGACUCACCGUUGCCCGUUUGAGGGGUGUACAAAGGCAUUCAACCGACCUGCCAGGCUUCAGGAGCAUCUGCGGUCACACAACAAUGAGCGGAUUUUCGAAUGUACUUUUGACGACUGUACGAAAACCUUCCUUCGGCAAUCUCAUCUCAACCACCAUGUCAAAAGCGCCCACACCGGGGUUCGCGAUUAUGUAUGUGACCGGCCAGGUUGUGGGAAAAGCUUUGUGACAGGAUCCCGACUACGACGACACCUGGCAGCCCACGACGGAAGAGACAAGUAUCGCUGCACCGAGUACCCUCCCUGCGACGAAACGUUCCGCAAGCACUCUACCCUGCAAAAACAUAUCAUGUCCGUCCAUCUCAAGCAGAAGCCAUUUCAAUGCACACACCCCGACCCGACCACCGGGCAACAAUGCUCGAAUCGGUUCGACACGGCCGGUCAUCUCCGCGUCCACGAAGCAAGAGUGCACACGGAGAAGCGGUUCAGCUGCACGGAAUGUUCCUCUCAACAAUCACCCACGGGGAGCGCUGCAUCGGCUGUCACCUUCCCUACCUACGCACUGUUACAAGCUCAUGUCAAGGCCGUCCAUCCGCCACAGUGCCCGAACUGCUCUCUUGUUUGCUCUAGUUCGCGCGAACUACGGCGGCAUCUGGAGGUCACCCACGGCGAUGUCAGCCUGGAAGACCGCAAGAUCUUCCCGUGUACGUAUCCCGGAUGCGAACGAAGUUUCACCAAGAAGGGCAACCUGACCGUGCACAUGCGGACCGUGCACGAGGGGGAGAAACGGUUUGUCUGCGGCGAGACGGACCUCAGCUCAUCCAAAAAGGUCGAUGCCUGGGCCGGGCCUGGCUGCGGGAAACGGUAUGGCAGCAAGCUUGCACUAGAAGAACACAUCCGCACCGCACACCUGGGUUACCAGAAUUCCAAAGCCGAGCGACGGCAGAAGAGCCAGAGCCUAGGCCAAACCCAAAAGGCAACCAGCGGCGGCGCGGGUAACGGAGGCCCGUCCACGCUGGCCGUUCUUACGGGCGAAGGCUACGCGGAAGAAACAGGCCGGCACAUUGCCUGCUUCGUGGAGUCGUGCAUCCACCGGUUCCACCGCGACUACGAUCUGUGGGUGCAUAUGAGCAGCAAGCACGGAUACGCCGAGGAGACGAUCCGCGAUCUGUUCAUGCACCGCGCCUUAUUCGCAGCCACGGACGACAGCCAGCACAACCACGACGAGGUUCAAAGUCCCGACCACAACUUCCUCGGCAUCUACGGGCUUGAAUUCGACACGGAGCCGUUCCAGCCCACGCCCACGAAUGACGACUCACCGGGCCCGUCGGGACCAUCGGGACCAUACGCCGAGGAGACAGGCAUGGGCAUGGGCAUGAGUAUGGACAUGCAUUUUGAUUCUUCCUUUGUUGACGACGCGCAUACGAUACCCGGGGACGAGAUGCUUAUCGAUCCUGUCUUGGCUUAUAAUUUGCAAUAAACUACUAGAUACUAGAUGACUUAUGAAUUCGAAUGAAC